AUGGAUUUCGAUCUGGUCAUCAAAAAUGGUACGGUGGUAACUGCGUCAGAUAUCUGGAAUAGUUGUGACAUCGGCAUCAAACACGGCAGCAUUAUCGCUGUUGGAACAAAUUUGCCAUGCAAGGAUAGCGGCAUCGAGACAAUUGACGCACAAGGCGCCUAUGUCACGCCCGGAGGCAUUGAUACUCAUGUUCAUCUCAGCCAGCUAUACGAGGCAUCCGCCGAUUCUCUCAUGAAGACGCAAAUUACUGAUGGCAAGAUUCCGGAUCUCGCAAAUUAUAUGCACGAUACAUAUGACACUGGCACGCGAAGCGCAGUUGCUGGUGGCACUACAACCGUUGUGACAUUUGCCAGUCAACUACGCGACGAUGACAGCCUGGUUCCUGUCGUAGAGGAGUACCACAAACUGGCCGAUGGACAGUCCUACUGCGACUAUGCCUUCCAUAUUAUUCUUUCCAAUCCAACCAAAAAAAUCCUGGAGGAAGAACUCCCCAUGAUGGUAGAAAAACACGGCAUUACAAGUGUCAAGAUUUACAUGACAUACAAAGCAUUUCAGUUGAAGGACUACGAGAUCCUCGAUGUACUGCAUGCCACGAGGAAAUUAGGCGUCACGACAAUGAUUCAUGCCGAAAAUGCAGAUGUCAUUGACUGGAUGACUGAGCACUUGGAGGAGCAAGGGAUGACGGCACCACAUCACCAUGGAACCUCGAGACCGCCCAUCGUGGAAGCCGAAGCCACUAACAGGGCCAUUUCUUUUGCGGAGCUCAUGGAUGCACCUGUUCUCCUGGUCCAUAUUUCAGGUGGACACGCUACACGAAUAAUCAGGGAGGCGCAAACACGUCUCCUCCCGGUUUAUGGAGAAACCUGCCCUCAGUAUCUUUUUUUGCUGGCAGACAGCAUGAAGAAAGAAGGCUUUGAAGGUGCUAAAUGCGUCUGCUCGCCCCCGAUUCGUGAAGAAGCUGCAGACCAAGAGGCAAUCUGGACUGGUAUCCAAAAUGGCACGUUCACGACGCUGUCAUCCGAUCAUGCCCCCAUCAAAUAUGGUUUUGCAGGAGGAAAGCUGCGAGGUCUUGCUCACGGAGGCGGUCCAGAAGGAAAAUUCCAAUAUAUCCCUAAUGGCCUUCCUGGUGUUGAAACCCGCGUCCCGCUGUUGUUCUCCGGUGGAGUUCUCGAGGGCCGCAUCUCCCCACAGAAAUUUGUUGAAGUAACUUCAACGAACCCAGCUAAACUCUAUGGAUUGGCAAAGAAAGGCACGAUUGCACCUGGGUUUGACGCCGACUUGACCAUUUGGUAUCCGCAGGAAACGUUUAAGCCGUUUAAACUAACGAACGAGAUGAUGCACCAUUCGAUCGACUAUACACCGUUUGAGGGAGUUGAAUUCAAGAAUUGGCCACGCUACACGUUGGUCAGAGGCAAGGUCGUCUUCAGUCAUGGCGAGGUCGUCGGUGAGCUCGGAUAUGGAAAGUACCAAAAACGCACAAAGAGCACGCUGGCUGGACCUCGGGAUAAAUGGCUAAGUGAGUGGAGGCCUGCUUACUUGCGAAAAUCGGUGAACGGAGAUGCAUAG